CUGUGUAUAGCAGGCCUUUUCACUUACAACACGAAGUUCAAGUAAAUUGAAUCUCUUAGUGAAAUUUCCUGAAAUACUAUAUAGUAUAAUGUCGCCUUUGAAUGCUUGCCUCCUGAUCCCUGUUGUCGUCGCUUAUUUGCUGCUGCUGCUCGACAAUCAAGUUUGCGGCGACGCCAACUUUGCCAUAUUGAAUAACAAGAGCCUGCCGGGCAAGUGUUAUCUGGAAACGGACAAGGGUCCUUUGAUCAUUGAAAGCGAGCAGCUUGUGCGUCAUCCUCUCAAAUGUGAGAACAUCUUUUGUGGACGCGAGAGUUGGGCUUUGAUUUUCACUUGCUCACCAAGAAGUGUGCCCCAAGGUUGUGUAGUUACCGAUUAUAUUGAUAGCAAUGCUGCAUAUCCCGAAUGCUGUGAACGCGAUUGGGUUUGCAAUGACAUCGAAUAGAUACAAAAGUAUCUGUGUUUAUCUUACAAAUUUUAAGUUAACUAAGAAGUGUUUAAUACAUAUUUAAAUUAUAAAUACAGCAAAGGUUUACGAUAUGAUUUUAAAAUAAAAUAAAACCAC